CGCUUUGGGGGUAGUUGCUGGAGCGUGUUCGCAAGCGUGGGGUCACUGUUCAUCUUUCUUUUGGGAGUUAUAUUGACUUAAAUUGGAAAGAACGCUUUGACUUUGGAAUAUAUUACAGACAUUAAAAAGUCCACACGAUGGACGGGUUUCAAAAAGUUGAGAAGAUUGGCGAGGGAACAUAUGGCGUUGUUUACAAGGCCCGAGAUAAAGUGACUGGAAACAUGGUUGCUCUGAAAAAAAUCAGACUGGAUACUGAAACUGAAGGAGUCCCAAGUACAGCAAUCCGAGAGAUUUCACUUCUGAAGGAGCUUGAUCAUCCGAAUAUAGUGAAGUUGCUUGAUGUGAUACACAAUGAGAAGAAACUUUAUCUUGUUUUUGAAUUUUUAUCGCAAGAUCUUAAGAAAUAUAUGGAUUCACAACCAAAAGGGCUUCCCUUGCCUUUAGCAAAAAGUUACUUGUAUCAACUUCUGCAAGGGAUUUCAUAUUGUCAUUCUCAUAGAGUUCUUCAUCGAGAUUUGAAACCACAGAACUUACUAAUUGAUAAGAACGGUUGCAUUAAACUUGCUGACUUUGGACUUGCAAGAGCUAUUGGAAUGCCUGUACGAAUGUAUACACAUGAGGUAAUCACAUUGUGGUAUCGACCCCCUGAAAUAUUGCUGGGAACUAAAAUGUAUUCAACAUCGGUGGAUGUUUGGAGUAUUGGAUGUAUAUUUGCUGAAAUGGUUCAUAAGAAAACACUGUUUGCUGGAGACUCUGAAAUUGAUCAAUUAUUUCGAAUAUUUCGUACACUUGGCACACCUGAUGAAUCCAAUUGGCCAGGUGUUACCUCUAUGCCAGAUUUCAAAACUAAAUUUCCUAAAUGGCCAAGACAACCAAUCGCAAAAGCGGUACCAGAACUUCCACCCAGCGGCAUCGAAGCACUAGAGUUGAUGCUGGUAUAUGAUCCUCUGCAACGAAUAUCAGCCAAACAGAUGCUCAAUCAUACUUUCUUUUCCGAAGUUUUUCUACAGAAACCAGAUAUUUGUUAAGAUGCUUCCAAAAUACAUAUCUUUAAUUACACCAAGGUAGAUAGCUAUGAACGCUAAAUGAGCUUUUAUGUGUGCAUUUCUGUUAUUUUUCACCAUGUUUAAAUUGUUACAUUCAAUAGAUUUUGUAAAUAGUCAGCUGGUGAUUUAGCAGGAUUAUUUUUCGGCUCAGGUUUGGCGAUUGGCUCACCAAUUUCCUGAUUGUGUGAAAUCUUGUAAAAUAUUAUUUAGCGGUGCUCUACUGAAACUCUCUGAUAUAUUUAACCCCUAUAGUUUACUUGAACCGGGGUUGUCUUAAACGAAUCGAAUAUAAAAUUAGUCAUAUCGAUAAAAUUAGUUAUAUUCUAAAUGUCUCGUUAUUGUUUGGUAAUUUGUAGCCUUGUGCUAUUGACACCUAACUAUCGACCAAAGCAUUUAACCUCUUAAUCAGAGAAUAUGCUUUAUAAAUAUACAAUGAUAUCCUCACCUAACACUUUCAGAAUGGACACAGAAUAUUAGAUUAUAUACCGGUAGAUUGGCCAUCCCUGAGCUGAGUCCUGCUUAAGAACCACUGAGCUAACCAUUUCUUUACUUAAUAAUGUGUUGUUUUCGUUUUAUUUUAGUUUGAAUAUUUUAUUAUGAUUUUUGUUUAGAUUUGUAACUUUUACAAUGCUGUUUUAUAAGCUUUUUGUAGUUUUUACUGGCGCCUCUUCUUAGCCUUUAUUACAUCAUAGUGGUUGCACUGUUUGUUGUAUCGCUUUUGUAUUGUACUUUUAAGAAUAGGAUUUUAAUAAUUUCUGAUCCUAAUAUACUGCAUGUGCCUUGACGUUUGUAUUUUUAGAAUUGGAUAGUUAUCCUUCCUUUUGUGUCAUAUUGGCCAUAAAUAUUUAAAUACUUAGCUAUUCAAAAAUUUGCACCAAUGUCAAUUAUUCGAAUUCAAUAAAAUUAUGACAUAUGUAUAUUUUCAGAUUCAUAAUUUAUUCAUCUCAAUUUUACACAUUGUGAAAAUGGCAAAUUUCAAGUAAAAUUUAUUGCUCAUUUCAGAUCCCAUUAAAACGAGUACCUUGACAAUCAUAGUUUACGUAGGUAUUUGUACAAUUUUUAUUUUGCUCACUUUUUACUCCGUUGGGUUCUUGAUACCCUAUUUUGUAAAGAAGUACUGGUAGUUGUUCCAUAUAUACAUUCUUCCAUGUAUAAGUAUACUAUUUGAAUUAUUUGUUCUGAAGCCAAUCAUAUGUUACUCAAUCAUCAUUUUGAGGUCACCAAUGAGUGCUUUUAUAACAUUAGCAAUCAUAUAUUCAGAUUCCAGGUGCAUCAGUGAUUCAUUUCUUUGUUAGAAAAUAUUAAUUUUCAAUAAAAUAUUCAAAAAUAA